UAAUGGUAGAAUGGUUCUUUCCCAUAAUGGCCGUCCCAGCAUGGCGGAGAGGAAUCUAACGUGGAUAAAUAUUGAUCCUUUCCUCUUUUAACACCCAUCUUUGUCAACCGUUGUCACGGUUUUGGUUAUUGAAAACCUUUACACAAACUUACUGAACGAAACCACCACACAACCCGCUUAACAAUGCCUCACAAGAAGAAGAAAUCGUUCAUCGAGAAGAAGGCUGCUGUGACCUUUCACCUCGUCCACAGGAGUCAGAGGGAUCCGUUGGCAGCAGACGAGAAGGCUCCGCAACAUGUCCUCCUGCCCGUCAACAAGGUGGAGGCAGAUAAGAAGAAGGAGGAGCAGAGGGACUUUGGGGUGUUCUUCGACGACGACUACGACUAUCUCCAGCACCUGAAGGAGGCGGUGCCGACCUUAGAGUGGGUGGCCAAUGAACCCGCUAAGUCAGGAAUACGACCUGUUGACCUGAGGGGAAACGACCAGCAGGAGGGAGAUGAUGAUAAGGAGGGAGAGAAGAAACAACAAAAAGGCAUUGCUGUGUCGGGUAUCAAUCUGCCCUCCUCAGUGUUUGCCUCAGAGUUCGAGGAAGAGGUUGGUAUGCUGAACAAGGCGGCCCCUAUAUCCGGGCCGCGGCUCGACCUGGACCCCGACAUCGUGGCGGCUCUGGACGAGGACUUUGACUACGAAGACCCCGACAAUGUUCUUGACGACGACUUCAUCCUGAAGGCCAACGACCCCAGUGGAGUGGAAGGGGACGGAGACGACGACGAGUGGGAGGACACAGACUCUGAGGACGGAGACGUCAACUCGGAGGGGGGUCUGUCUGGGGAGGGCCGCGGGCCGGGCGAGUUCCUCUUCAUGGACGAGGAGACGAAGAGCCGCUUCACCGAGUACUCCCUGACCUCCUCCGUCAUGAGACGCAACGAGCAGCUCUCCCUGCUGGAUGACCGCUUUGAGAAGUUUUACGAGCAGUUUGACGACGAUGAGAUCGGUGCCCUGGAUAACGCAGAGUUGGAGGGCUACAUCGAGCCGGACAGCGCCCGCCUGCAGGACAUCGUCAACGAGUACUUCAAGCACAAAGCGACGGAGUACCAGAAACCAGACGACCUGGGUCCUAGGGGCCUCCCCUCCCUGAGAGAGGAGGAAGAGGACGAUGAAGAGGGGCAGGAGAUGGAGACCCUCGUCAUCGAAGCCCCCGCCGAGAAGUGGGACUGUGAGACAAUCAUCAGUACAUAUUCAAACAUAUACAACCGACCCAAACUCAUCAAAGAGCCGCCCCGGACCAAGCCCAUCAGGGUGUCUUUGAAGCUGGGCAUCCCCCUGGAUGUGCUGCCCACCCGGGGCCUCACGGCUAAGCAGACUGAGCGCAUGGAGCGCAUCAACGACUCAGACCUGCCGCGGGUCUCCACCCAGCAGCGCGACAAGGAGGAGAGCGCAGAGGAGCGCAAGGCGCGCAAGCAGGCCAUCAAGGAGGAGCGCAAGGAAAGGAGAACGGAGAAGAAGGCCAACAAGGUGGCCUUCAACCGGGAGAAGGUCCGACAGGAGAAACAGAUCUUGAACGUUCUAACAAACAUCCAGGGCAUGAAGCUGUCCUAGAGCCAGAGCUCUGCUCCUAAAAGACUUCUUAACUCCCAACUCCAUGUGGGUUCUGCCUGGUCGCUGGUCUGGAGCCCCAGAGGAUCUGCAGAGCUGUGUAUUUACGACCAAGGAAAACACGCCUCGCGUGACCAAAGCUUAGCUGCUCUCCGGGGUCACUGUAACACAGUAGUAUCCAGACCCCAUCUGCUAUUUUUGUUCACCUAUAUAAUUAAAGACCUCUUGUCCUAA